AAGCUCGUUAGCCUAACAACGCGACAUACUGCCACAGUGAUAUAACACGUUUGUUUAAAUUCGUAAGUGGGACGUUUUAAUAAACUAACGUUACAUGAGAUGGGACAAUGUACCGUUGGUUGCUAGCGACCCCUCGCCGGCAGAGGGCGGUGCUACGAACAAAGUGACGGAAGGAGGUGGUCGAGGAGCCAAUCAGAGCAGGCCAACGCGGGCGCAAAGAAAGAGGGAAGGAAGCUCCGCAGCCGCCAUUUCACCUUACGGCAAGGACGGACGGGUUCCGAGUGCUGCGGCCUGCUGCGUUGCUAGGAGACGAAGACCAUGAGCUACGGAAGAGCGCCGCCGGACGUCGAGGGGAUGACCUCCCUGAAAGUGGACAACCUGACUUACCGAACUUCGCCGGAGACUCUGCGGCGGGUUUUCGAGAAGUACGGCCGCGUGGGAGACGUGUACAUACCCCGCGACAGGUACACCAAGGAGAGCCGCGGGUUCGCCUUCGUGCGGUUCCUGGACAAGCGCGACGCCGAAGACGCCAUGGACGCGAUGGACGGCGCGCUGCUCGAUGGGCGCGAGCUCCGGGUGCAGAUGGCCCGCUACGGGCGACCCCCGGAUUCCAUGUACAGCCGCAGAGGGGCUCCGGCACGCCGCCGCUCAGCCAGCCCUCGCCGCCGCAGACGCAGCCGCUCCAGGAGCAGAAGCCGGUCCCGCUCCAGGAGCCGCCACCACUACAGCCGAUCCAGGUCCCACUCCGAUUCCAGAUCCAGGUCCAAGUCCAAGUCCAGGACCCCCAGACGGAGCAAGACAAAGUCUCCAUCCAGGUCUCGUUCCAGAAGUCGAACGCCGCCUUCCAACAGAGGGUCCAAAUCAAGGUCCCGCUCCAAAUCCAAGAGCAGGCCGAAAUCUCCAGAAGACAACGGAGCAGAGAAUUAAUCCGGACCUGGACACAACAUGAAGGUAUUCGGGGGAAUGGGGGGGGAUUUUGUUUUGCUUCAAAUCUUUUAUCUGAAUUUGCUUUCUCUCGUCACAGUCUGGUUGCUACGUUAGUCAUUUGCACACAAGCAACAAUGUCAGCAGAAUCCUGAAUAUUUAAAAAAAUAAAUAUGAAAUGAUUGUGACUGAUGUCCACGUUCUGUAUUUGCAUUAGUUUGCUUUGUGUGUCCAACAAAUCUAAAGCAAACACAGACCGCAGGAGAUGUUGUUGGAUGUGAUCUGCCUCAUAUAUAUUUAAAAAUGGCACGUGGGGUUCUGCACUACAAAAAAAACCGUUCACCUAAAUGUGGAAUUCUUUCCUCCAAGCUGCGGAGUCCUGUUUGCAAAGGGAGGAGGAGGAGAUGUGGGUGUGGCAGUUUGAGAGCAGUUAGUGUGUGACCCGCCCAUGUGACCUGCCUGUUGCUGAGAGCGAUGGCAGUUGCUAAGGAGCAGGUCACCGAGGCAACGGUGGUUGCUAUGGAGCAGGUCGUCAAUGGCAGCUCGGGCUGUCCGUUGGUGUAUGAGGUGGUGAGGUACGUUCGGGGGGAUCAGGCGCUGAGCCUGUGGGUUCCUCCACCUCACAAAGGGAACCCAGGUUUGUGGUUUAAAUUCGCCCGAGUGCAAGAGUCUUGUUGGAGUUAGUUUUGGGGGAAAGGGGGUGGGGGGGGGGAUAAAGGUUUGUAACUAAAUGUGAAAACUAAAAUGUUAACUAGACAUGAAACUGGAUGCCCAGGGGAAUAAAAUCAGUUUGAUUAAAUGUUAGGUUUUUCAGGGGAAAGAGCUGUAUUUUAAACCUCCAAGUCAGCUGCUGGAGUGUAGGACUCAUUUUUGUUUUGCACUCUUUAACUCUCUCGUGUCUUUCCUUGCAGAUCUCAGAUGAUUGAGCCUUUGCUGAGGACAUCUGGACGGGUCUCGCAUUGAGCAAGUGGACUUUACUAUCACCACUGAUGGCAGACUGAAAGGUUAUUGGAGCUUGGUCUAAAAUGUUUUAAUUUGACCCAAUUCACACACAAAUAAAUUCUGUAACUUGGACAUCAUUGUUUGUAAAGUUGAGCUUUUUUUUUCUUCUUUUUUGCAUUUGGAUUAAACAUCUUAUUUUCAAUAAAAUCCCUUGUUUAACACUCUUUGUAGAUGUGUAUGAGAGAGUUUUACUUGCAGGUUCUCAUGUUGGAUGUUACACCACUCUUAUGUCUUCUUGUAAAGGCAAAACGGGACAUUGUUGCUUUGCUCCAGCACGUCUGUGUUCUGUCUGGUUACAGGUGCUUUCCUAUGACUCUAACCCUCUUUCUUGUGUAUCUUUUGUGCACUAGGCGCAGUUGUGUAGCAGUUGAGUAUUGCUGGUUAGCUGUUAAGAUGCAGUGCGGUGGUGACAUGGUGUGGCGUGUUGCGGUGCUGAGUGCCCGGCACUGUUCCGGGGGCUCGACCCUGCGCUGCCGUAUGCCGGUUUGUAAGCUCACAGGUGUGGCAGAUCAUCCAUCCUCUCCUGUCUCAUGACCCCCCCGCCCCCCCCUCCUCUUUCCCUUUUCUCUGUAUUCUCCCUCCUGUCCGUUGUGUGGUUCAUCCACUGUUGUAACUGGCGCUGCUCGCUGGGUCCAGUGGGACUAGUGGAGGGUCUAAAGGGCAGUUCAUCCUGCUUCAUGUAUUUCAUUCCCUGUGAACCUCUCUAAUGUUGUGUAGUUGUUUCAGGUGAAUCCUAAUAAACCUCUUUUGUUGUU